CGGUGAUGUCAUGAAGGUCCUCGAGAGGAGGAAACAGCCGCUACCUCAGGAAAUCGAUCUGUCUUCAUCAUUUUGUCACAGCUUUGGCGCGGGCGAGUGAUAGGCAUAAUAUCGUUAUGUUUUGGCUUCAGGAAGUACAAACUAAAGGACUAUAAAUCCCAGAAUCCCGUGCUGUAUCACUUCCAGUGUGGUGUGAAGUGUUAUGGAGGUGCCUGGAUUUCCUAUAAAGCUGACCUGUAGUGAAAGCAUGUAGGAGGAUUUUGAUCACCUCCUAAUGAGACGUUAAGUAAAGCAUUUCACGUUUCCAAGCCUCACUUCAAGUUGCCCUUCUACAAUGGACAAAGACCACAUUACUGAAAAGAUACUGAAACUCACCUUGGAGAUCAUCUACCUGCUGACUGGAGAGGAUUACUCAGUGGUUAGCAGAGCUGGUAAGCAUGUUGGAACCAUCCGUCGCACACCUCGUCAGACAGGAGGGUUGUGUAAGGUGAUAAGCCCUAUCACACAUCCUCCACCUUUGUCAGAAGUUCAUGAAAAGAACAAUAAUCUGAAGAUCUUGGACCUCACCAACAAGAUCAUUCAGCUGCUGACUGGAGAGGUUCCUAUAAGAUGUGAGGACGUCAUUGUCUGUUUCUCCAUGGAGGAGUGGAAGUAUGUAGAAGGACACAAGGAUCUCUAUAAGCACAUCAUGGAGAACCACCCGUUUCUUGGUUCCAGUGCUUUUUCAAGCUCUGAGAACUUGUCAAUGAAGCUUAAUCUCCAAAUGUUAACCCCCGAUACUGCAUAUAAGAAUCAUUCAUCAACAUCCUGUAAGGGAGCGGUCAAAAACAAUGUUUUUGAAGAUUUUCAAGAGGUAACUCUCCAAGUAGAGCGUGACCAGUUCACUAACAAGUCCACCUGUACAAAGUACACACAGACAGAACCCGCUGACUGUGGAGAAGAGGUAUUGUGCGAGGACAAAGAAGCUGAUGUUGUUUUUGUGCCUACAGAAAAUACUAUGAUGGGGUGUUCCUCUGAUGCCUCCAAAUCAUAUAAUAAACAGAGUCCUAAAGACUCUGAUUUUUGCUUGCUCACUGAACAGAUACAAAACGCACCUUAUCAACAGGGAAGCGCGCUGGAGCCUGGUGAAGAUAUUUACACGCCGACGUGUCUCAAAUCUACACAUCUUACAGACCGGCCAACAGAAUGGGUAACCAAUGUAAACUUUGUGGAAUGUCCUAUAACCCCUCACCACAUAAAUAGCAAAUAUACAUCUAGUUGUAUUAUUGAGGUUGCAUCCACUUGUGAAGAUGGAGAUGUCAUCAGCAAAGAUGUUUUCACUCCCGCAGACCAUAAAACAUAUACAUCUGAAAAAAUAGAAGAGACGCCCAUGUCAUGGGGGAAGGACGUAAUAUAUACCAACAUUUAUACACCUGCAGAACUGACACAAGCAGAUCUAAAUAAUAUAAAGAAAGAACUGGAUUCAUGGGAAGAUGGAAGCCUGGAGCUCCAGAAUAUAUAUUAGCUCCAAAACCUAUGGAAGAAAAAGCUGUGUACACUAGUGGCAGAGGUGAUGCUGUACAAUGGAAUGGAAGUCAGGCCCACAGAGACUCCUAUCAAUUAGUGGAGCAUGCAUUGCCUCGUAUUAAGACAGAAUAUGAACAAGGGGAUUUUAAGGACGACUAUUUUACUCGGGGACAAACCCAGUCUACUCAUGCUCCAGUUCAUCCAGAAAAUGCAGAUUCAAUUAAAAAGGAAAAUAUAAAUAUGUCUGUGGUAAGUUAUACUACAGAUGAUGAAAAUGAUAGACCAGCAUACGAUACAUCCCAAAUGUAUAGUUGUUCUGAUUGUACAAAAUGUUUUUCCAGUGAUACAAAUUUAGCCAAGCACAGGCUGAUGUGUAGAGGUCGAAAGCCCCAUGUCUGUUCCGGCUGUGGAAAAUGUUUUGCCAGCGCCUCCUAUCUUGUAAUACACGAGAGAAUUCACACAGGAGAGAAACCAUACUCCUGUUCUCACUGUGGCAAAAGCUUUACUCGGAAACCAGAUCUAAUCCGUCACGAGCGGAUUCACACAGGGGAGAAGCCAUUUGCCUGCCCAGAAUGUGGUAAAUGUUUCACCAGUGUUUCCAAUAUAUUUAUGCAUCGGAGAAUUCAUACAGGAGAAAAGCCUUUUCCUUGUGCUGCAUGCGGCAAACGUUUCAUCAAAAAGUCUGAUCUGGUCCGCCAUGAGAAAAUUCACCUGCCACAGGAGCCUUUGCCUUGUUCUCUGUGUGGGAAAAUUUUUGCUUCAAAGACUAUCCUAAGUAAACAUAUGGCCGCUCAUGCUACAGAAACGCCAGAGCCUGCUCAAGAGGGCAGUUAAUUUCUAUUUAUUGUUUCCUGUACAUUGUGUGAAAAAAUUUGAAAUUUAUUUUAUAUAAAAUACAUGUAUGGUUUU